AAAUGGUGCACGGUCAUAGAGGCAAGGAACACGCUACACGUUCGGAGAGCGAGCCGCAGCUCAACCACGUCACGCGACCAGCGCUCCCAGUCUCACUUUUCGAUUUGCGCCUGUCUGCUUACCACCAGCCAUGGCGUUCUUGACCCACGAAGAUAUCAAGAUCUCGUUCAACUUGUUCUGCGUCGUGUACGGCGUCGGUACGCUUGGCAUGCCGGCCAACUACGCUCGCGCCGGCUACUACUGGGCCACCGGUGCGCUUGUGCUCAUGGCGGCUAUCAACCUCUACGCUACUGUCGCGCUUUCCAAGGUCAUGCUGGCCGCGCCCAAGUACGUCAAGACGUACGGUGACAUUGGCGAGUGGGUCUACGGUGGCUUUGGUCGCUUCAUCACGACGCUCUCGCAGCUCCUCGUCUGCUGCUUGGACCCGAUCGCGUUCCUCGUCCUCGGCGGGUCGCUUCUCGAUGUGCUUUUUCCCAACACGUUUACGGCGACCGUCUGGAUCAUUCUCAUGGCGCUCAGCCUUCUCCCGAUUUGCAUGAUGCCGUCGCUCAAGGAGAGCGCGGGCACGGCAACGGCCGGUGCGCUCGGCACGCUCAUCGCCGACGCUGUCGCGCUCUACGUGCUCCUCGACAACAUGUCGGACAUUCCCGACGGCCUCUCGGCGCCGACGCCAGCGAUUACGUUUGACGGCGUCACGUCUGUCUUUGGCAACCUCUCGCUCGGGUACGCGGCCGGCGUCCUUAUCCCGGCCCUUCAGCGCGAACACACGCAGCCCGAGCGCAUGCCGCGCGUCAUCCUCUUCACGCUCGGCGUCUGCACCGCGCUCUUCUUCAUGGUGUCGCUCAUCGGCGACCACAACGUCGGGUGCCAGAUUCCCGGCAACCUCCUCUUCUCGAUCGCGGGCACGAAGCUCGGGUUCACGGCGCCCCGGGGCGCGGUCGUGAUUGCGUUCCUCAUGAUGCAUCUGCACAUCAGUGUCGCGUUUGCGAUCGACCUCUUCCCGACGUUCUACAUCUUUGAGCGCGUCCUCUUUGGCUUCCACAAGCAAAACUUUGCGCUCGAGACGGGCGACGCGCCGGCGUUCGUCGAGAACGAGACGCCCAAGGAGACCGCAGUCGUGUCCAAGGUCGACGCGCCCGUCGCCGUGUACGCGUCGUCGCGCGACUACCUCAAGGCGUGCACGAUGCGCAUUGUCCAGAUCACGAUCAGCACGAUCGUUGCGAUCAUCUGGCAAAACCACUUUUUGGAUUUGCUCGACUUUGUGGGCGCGUCGUCGGCCGCGCUGGGCUGCAUGAUCCUCCCGGUGUGGUUCCACCUCAAGGUCUUCUACAAGGACAUGGGUCUCCUCGAGAAGGGCUGGAGCAUCUUCAUCAUCAUCUUCACCUCGGCGCUCGCGAUCUACGUCUCGAUCAGCACGGGCAAGAAGCUGUUUGCGCCGACGAUCGCGGACCCGACGGUCCUCUUCCCGUACUGCCCGGCCGAGUUCCAGAAGAUGGUGUACCUCAACACGACGUACUACGCCAAGCCGUAAGUAGUGUCGAGACUGAGUUGUAGCGUUGAAAUUUGUCUAGAAAUAUAUAGUGUUUGGCACGAGAUG